GAGCUUCAACCGAUUGAGCAUCCUCAGCCAGCCCGUCACCAAUUCAACCCAAUUCACACUCUCAAGGGAAACACUCGACGCCGCAAUGUCCCCCUUCAACCUCGAGGCCUGCGCCCGCCCCAAUAUCCUCGCCCUCCAGCCGUACCGCUGCGCGAGAGAGCAAGACGACGGCACCAACAUUCUCCUUGACGCCAACGAGAACGCCUUUGGGCCAUCGCUAGGCCCCGAUGUUGCCACGACUGCCGGCAGCGGCCUCGACGUCGACUUCCUCGGCCUGCACCGCUAUCCCGACCCCCACCAGGCCGAUUUGAAGCAGCAGCUUUGCGCCCUGCGCAACACCCACGCCCACACUCCCAAGACGCUCACGCCCAACAACCUCUUCGUGGGAGUCGGCAGCGACGAGGCAAUCGACGCCCUGCUGCGCUGCUUCUGCGUGCCCGGCCGCGACCGCAUCCUCACCUGCCCGCCCACCUACGGCAUGUACGCCGUGUCUGCCCAGGUCAACGACGUCGCCAUCGUCAAGGUCCCCCUGCUGCCGGCCCCGACGUUCGCGCUCGAUGUCCCGAAGAUCCUCGACGCGCUCACCAACGAGGCGAACAUCAAGCUUGUGUACGUUUGCUCUCCUGGCAACCCCACCGGCUCGGUCCUCGCAAAGGCGGAUGUCGAGCAAAUCCUCAACCACCCCACCUGGAACGGCGUCGUGGUCCUCGAUGAGGCCUACAUCGACUUUGCUCCGGAAGAUGCGUCCCUUGCCGAGUGGGUGACGGAGUUCCCCAACCUUGUUGUCAUGCAGACCCUGUCGAAGGCUUUUGGCUUGGCUGGCAUCCGUCUCGGUGCCGCCUUCUCCUCCCCCCCGAUUGCCAGCCUCCUCAACAGUCUCAAAGCCCCCUACAACAUCUCCAGUCCUACUAGUGCCCUCGCAUCCUACGCCGUCUCCGAGAAAGGCCUGGCAAUCAUGCAUGACAACCGUGCCAAGAUUCUUGCCCAGCGUGACCGCAUCCUGGCAGAGCUACCGAAGAUACCCGGUGUUGGCCGUCUGCGCGGUGGCACCGAGAGUAACUUCCUGCUCUUCGAGAUGCUCGACGCGGUGGGCAACCCGGACAACACAACUGCGUUGGCCGUCUACGAGAAACUGGCAGAGUCCAAGGGUGUUGUCGUUCGUUUCCGAGGCAAGGAGCACGGCUGUCUAGGAUGCCUGCGUAUCACCAUUGGUACUGAGAGUGAAGUCACCAGAUUCCUAGAAUCACUACGGACGUCACUCAAUGAGGUGAGAGGCUUGUAGAACACCACAACAGACAAAAGCACUGUAGAAGGGCAGAGACGGAAAACGAGGUAAAACGGCGUUCUAGCAUAGAUUUAGUUCCUCUAGACAUAAUCUCGUAAAUUAUAGAAACAAUGGUCAAGGCAUG